CAGAAUUCGCUAUGUUUACGUGACUGCAUUGUUUCAAGUUCUUGAAGGACUAAAUUCUGAAAAUACUAAAUAAAAAGGACUAGUUCUGUGAACAUAAUUUGUAUUUCGUACUGGGCAAAUAUCAGAAUAUUCACGUAGUCAACAAAAAAUUUUUAAAAAAUAUCAAUAAUCUUGUUGUUUUGUAAAUUAAAAAUAAAACUCAACUAUAUGUUUUCCAUAUCUGCAUACUAAAUUAAUUUCAGUCAAUUUGUAAAGUGUGAUCAAUUAAUUAACCAGUCUGUAAUAUAAGUAAGUUGCUGUACUAAAAUAUUGCAUCAUAUUCUGAUUUACUUUAAAGCUGUCAAUUUCUGAACUGGUUUUAACCAGACUUGGGAGUUAUACUUUUUUAUUUAUUUUUUAUUUAUUAAAAUAACUAUGCACAUUUUUCAAUUCAAUCGAUGAACAACAAUUUAACUAUAAUUGUUGAAUCCAAGGCAGUUGAAUUCAAUUGAGAUGGUCUCUGAUCAUCAUACCCUACAAAUCACUCGAAGAGGCCUCAAAGUUUGUCACCGACAUCCAGUUAUCAUCCUUGUUAGAAAUAAGUCAGCACAAAGUCAUAAUGAAAAUCAAGACUUCCUGUAGUAACAUGUCGGAGAAACAACUGGCUAAAUUAUGUGUUAAUCUUCUAAAUUGUCAAUCCACGAACAAAGGAAGAAUAACAAUCAAAGAAUGUAAUUCUAAUAUGAAAGCUGCUACAUGGAAUGCCUAUCAUUUAAUGAGUAACAGAGCAAAAACAAUACGUUACUCAUCAAGAAGUAACCAGUUUUGAGCACUAUCAGAAAUAACAGUUAAUAGAUAAUUUUUAGGAAAGUCAAGAUCAUCUUGAAGAACAGACAACUAAUGAAGACAAAAUCAUAGAGACUAACAUUGAAGACUUAACUAAGGAUAAAGUCUUGAUACGAAUUGGUCAUGUUCAACUAGCUGUCAUGACUGAAGACAUUUAGAAUAGAUUGGGUAAAUAUUUUUUACUAACCUGUUAAAUUUAUCUUACCUCUGAAUUGGAAUUACUUUGUCUGAAGCAUGGGUUGAACGCCUGCCUCAACUUUUACAAUCUGACUGUUUUAAUAUUUUUGAUUACAAGUAAGAUAAAUA